AAAAAGAAACGCUAGAGAGAGAUUUUACAGUUGAAUAUUCCAUAAGGGCGGUUCCUCGGCGAGGAGAACCAAAAUGGACAAGUUCUUGCACAUCAAAAUUUCGUUGCAGAUCAUGCUUCUUCAUCAUUAUCAUCUGAUUCGACUGAUGCUUUAUCAUUAUCAAUGUCUUCUUCUGCUGUUGCUUCAACAUCUUUUGCUUCGUCUGCUGCUGCUUCAACAUCUUUUGCUUCGUCUGCUGCUGCUUCAUUAUCUCUUGCUUCGCCUGCUGCUGGUUCAUUAUCAUCAUCUGCUUCUUCGUCUGCUGCUUGGUCCACUGAGGGAAAUGUGGAAUCUGAAUUUGAGUUUGAUUCCUUGAAAAAAACCGGAUCAGACGUUUGGAAAUAUUUUGAGAAGUGUAAAAACCAAAUGUUUGCCAAAUGUCGGUUUUGUGGAAAGGGGUAUAAAACUUCUGGAAACACAACAAACUUAUCUGAUCACUUAAAGCGUCUUCAUCCAUUGAAAAUGGCUGCAAAAAAAGAAAACGUAGCCCCAAUUGACAAUUUUUUUUCAAAAUCUGAAGCGUACGAUCCUGCUUCACACAGAAAGAUAGAACUGGAUAAAUGUCUUGCUAAAAUGGUUUCGGUAGACAUUCAACCUUUUAGUAUUGUUGAUGAUAAAGGCUUUAAGAAUUUUGUAAAACUGCUGGAUCCAAAAUACAUUUUGCCCUCUCGUAAAACUUUACAAAAUGUGUAUACGAAAAACAUUUAUGAAGAAACCAUGUCAUUAAAACAAAAGCUGGUAACGAUCAGGCACUGCUCCCUAACAACGGAUUGCUGGACGUCUAGUGGAAACGUUUCUUACCUAACGUUGACGUGCCACUUUAUCGAAAAUUUCGAGCUAAAAACCGUAGCCCUUGCCACUCAGCCCUUGGUAAAUGAGGAGAAUCACAGCAGCGAUAAUAAUGCAGAGACAAUAAGAGCAAUAUGUUAUGAUUUUGAUAUUUUUCAUAAAGUGGAAACUAUUGUUACUGAUAAGGCAGUAUCAAUGAAAAAAGCCUGCGAAAUUUUGCAAAAAAAACACCUGGGAUGUUUUGCCCACUCGUUAAACCUAAUAGUUCAGAGCUGUUUGGCUUUACCUGAUGUGCAAGAUAUUUUGAAGUGCGUUAAAAAGAUAGUUGCAUAUUUCAAAAGCAGUGCGAUUGCUUACGCAAAACUGCGUUCUGCCCAAGGCGUGGAAAAGCCAUUAAAUUUAAUACAAGAAGUGCCAACUCGAUGGAACAGUGCUUUUAAUAUGCUAAAGCGAAUUAUAAAAGUAUGAGAGGCAGUUUGCUGUGUUUUGCUGAAAACAUUGAAGGCACCAGUUCCCUUAUCAGAGGACAAUUUUCUGUAAUUGGUGUUAUAUGUACUCUUUUAGAACCUUUUGAAACAGCAACACAAAACACAUCAGCUGCGAAAACUAUUACAAUUUCUUUAAUUAUUCCGACCGUGUUGGGCCUAAUUAUUGAAAUGGAAACUUAUAAGACGCAGAUGAAAACAACUGUAGGCGCUGAAACGUGCCUGUUUUUAAUAACACAACUUAAAAGCAAAUUACACCCAUAUGAAGCCAGAAGUGUCACAAGGAUUAGUACAAUUCUAGAUCCUAGAUUUAAGAAAGAAGGAUUCCACAAUACUUUAAAUGCGGACCAAGGAGUAGCAGCGAUAGAAAAUGAGUUGACCUACAGCUUUAAAAAUGUGCAGACGUUUCUUCAAACCUGGAACCGCCCGUCAAUAUAAAUAAUUCAGAUUUAUAUGGAUUUGUUGCCGAGAAAAUAAGAAACAAACCCAAAUCCGUUAGAUCUGACGCCAAUACCUUCAGCAAGAAAACGCAUUGCAAAAAAUUAAUCCGCUGGAAUAUUGGCAGGUAAACGAAGACCAGUUCAGCAAUCUCGCGCAGUGCGCUUUAAAGUAUUUUUGCGUUCCGGCCACUUCAACAGAAUCCGAACGAGCUUUCAGCAAAGCUGGGCUAAUUUGCAACGACAAACGAUCUCGCCUUAAACCAAAGGCUAUUAAAAUAUUAUUGUUUUUAAAACAAAACCAAUGGCUUGUCAACUAAAGAUGUAUAUAAGAUGUAUAUAAAUGAAAACAUAUAACAUAAAU